AUGGCGGCUAUCACCACUGAACCGAAUCCGGGUUUGGCUCCCGGAAACGCGGAUGCAGGCUCGUUAAGAACGCUCUCAAUCACAACCGCAGUUAACCACAGCUCCUCGAAUGCCGUGUCCAGCCCCGCUUCGGCUGCUUCGCCAUCAAACGUCUCCACUCCCACAUCUUCAUCCUCAACAGCGCCUCCAAUCGCAAUCCGGCCUAGCACUUCAAAUACUUCAUCCUCGGUUUCGUCUUCGAUGGGAAUGAACGGGAGGGCCAAAUCGAUUGUCACGUCACCAGCCUCAAUGUCACAGCCCAAGGCCAUGUGCAUGACCAGCAAGGAGUGGGUCAUACCCCCUCGGCCGAAACCUGGCCGCAAGCCUGCUACCGACACCCCGCCAACCAAGCGCAAGGCACAAAAUCGGGCCGCCCAGAGGGCAUUCAGGGAACGCAGAGCAGCUCGCGUGGGGGAGCUGGAGGAACAGAUGGAGGAGGAAAGGGCUAUCCACGAGCAGACAGUCCGGGAGUUGCAGGACCGGAUCAACCAUCUGGAAACCGAAACGCAGACGCUUCAGUCGAGGUGCCAGUGGCUGGAGUCAAUGCUACAGAAAUCACGACAAGGUCGCGGGAGCAUGACUGGUAGCUGGGACGAUCAACCAGGUGGUGCAAGCAACGAUAUUUCUGUGACGGGACAGAUGCAAGCACGAGGCGGGCCAUCUCACAACAUGCGGCCACUGCAACCAGCACCGUCGAGAAACGUUACAACCCGUCCAGUUCCUGUCGCCGAACCACGGCCGCAAGCCCAACCAUUCUCUAUCUCUCAGAUCGUCUCACCGCCAGACGAAGCACCGUCAGUCGGCCUCACUUGCGGCGGUUGCCAGUCAACUGGUUCCUGCACAUGCGAGGAAGAAGUCCUAGGAACCGCAAAUAUCCCUAUGGGUUGCGGUAGGUGUUCUUUGGGUACUAGAUGCGAAUGCUUGGAAGAAUCUCUGGGGUUAUCGAUGGCCAACCCCGACUUGAAGCGGCCACUGCCUCCGAGCUCGCCGCCGUCAACAUCACCAGAAGACAAGCGGCAGCGUUCCGAUGCUGGCAUCGUCAUGGAGACAGACUUUACGGCCGUCUUUGCCUCACAGGGUAGUAGAGAGCCGGCGCAGGCCAUGUUUCCCCCGCCGACUCAGUCACAACUCCAACCCAUGGCUUCGAUAGAACCCAGGGACUCUUGCGGAUUUUGCAAGGACGGAACAUACUGCGUGUGUGCAGACUCUAUGAUGUCGCCCGCCUCUUUGCCAGCACCUGCUGGUGAGACGGCCGAACACACACAAACACAUACCCCUCCCCCGUCGGAUAAUGAUGUGGUCCCCAUGCCCAUGGAAGUCACAGCGACAGGGGCUAUCAAGCUCCCGGGACUGCGCUCACUACAAGAGAGACAAACCGCCAGACCUACCGCGCGGCCUGGAGGCUGCGGCCCCAACGGCCCCGGCACCUGCGCGCAAUGCGUCGCCGACCCGAAAUCAGGCCUCUUCUGCCGCUCGCUCGCAGCCAACUUUGAGAAGAACAACCCCGCCGGUGGCAGCGGUGGAUGCUGCGGAAACGGUGGCCCAGGCGGGUGCUGCAAAUCAGGACCACCACAACCACAACCACAGCCACAGCCCCAGCCGGCGGCCAUCGCGCCCCUCCCCUCCAUGGCACUGUCCCGAAGACCAACCACCACCACCACCACCACCGCCGCCAGCGGCGCCAACACCAACAGCUUCGGCCUGAGCCUCUCCUGCGCCGACGCCUACAAGACGCUGGCCAGCCACCGGCACUUUGACGAGGCGGCCGACGACAUCGGGUCGUGGCUGCCCAAGCUCAAGGCGCUGCCGGUGCCGCGCCCGGGGCCGGUGGGGGCGCGCCGCGGCGGGGGCGGCCGCGACGCGCGGGCGCCCAUCGAGGUCGAGGCCGCGAGCAUCAUGAGCGUGCUCAAGGACUUUGAUGUGCGGUUUGGCAGGGGUGAGUGA